CUUCUGCUUUUGGUGUUUGUGCGAAAUGGUUGCGCGCUCGCUCGCUCACCAGGAUGCCAAAGAAAUGCCGGAGGAGGCACAUCCGUGGGGCAGUAUCGGCGGCAGCAAGCUAACAUGGAAGGCUCCCCGCUCUCUCGCCUUCUUCGCUCAGCGUCUUAGCGAGCGCUGCAAGUGGUGCUUGAAGUGCUUGAAGCGCUGGAACCGACGCGGAAACAGUUAACGAACCUUGAGAGGGCCAUGUCAUCGCGGAGGAAGGAAAUAACGGUAGCGCACGCGGCUGAACGAGAUCGAAUCGUAAUAAUGCUAGCUCGUUGAGAAGGCUUGGAAAAUCUAAGAUGCCGUGGAGGAGGCAGCAGCGUGGAGGACAACCAUGGUUGAAGUUUGGAACCGAACCUUUGGUGCGAGUUGCCGGGAUUUGAAUUAGCGGUUUGGUUACGGUGGUUGGAGUAACAGGGAGUCGUCAUCGACGGGAAGGAGUGGCAGAGUGAUGAUGAGCAGUGUGCGAUUCGCUUCGCACUUCGGGACCACUCCCCUCACCUUGUUGCUGCCCGUUCUUUCCUUGUUAUUUUUAAGACGACGCGAAGGAGGAGCUUGGUCUUGCCUCGCCUGACCUCACCGUCUUGGCUUGGAAAGGGAGGAACGGUACUGCCAGAGUUUUUCGCUGAGGUGUUGUCGGUUUGUGUCUUUUAGUUCGGUGCUGGCGGAGGUGGUCGAACUUGGCGGAGGUUUGUUGCGUAGUAGGGUUUGGCUUUGUGACACGCAUGCGCUGGUGGCCUUGUUUAGCGUUGGUACUGACCUUGGAAGCUGAGUGGUGGAGUCUUGCCGAGGUUAUCUUUAAGAUUUAAAGAUUAAGAGGCUACAAGAGCAGAGUUUAAGCGAUACGAGCAUUUUGGAAAUCGUGGUGCGUAGGUGUUUAUUUUCAUGCCUCGGAGCUAUGUGCGGAAUUUGGCUGCGCGAUUAUUGGUGCCAAAAUGGCGAGUGAAGAGAAACAGACAUUGAUGCCGAAAUUGUAGGUUCAACAAGUAGUGAGUUCUUGACGUGGCUGGGCACCGCCGAGUUAAGGAGCAACCGUGCUGAUGUGCGUCCGGAAGUCUGGAGGAGGUGGGAGGUAAAACUUACAUGACACCAAACGGGGUUUUGAACGAUGAUUCGGGUUUUGGAGCAGGCGAUUCUUUGCUGAGAGGGCUGGAUCAUCCAGUAGUUGCGAAUUUAGGGAAGGGGGGUUCGGUAGAGGUUAGCGGUGAAGGGACCAAAAUUAGCGGGGUUGACGACCAUUUGGACACUCGCAAGAUUUGCGACGGUGAAGAUCGGGAAGCGGAGAAUGGUGGCAUCAAUGUUGGAAAUGGGCACGGCAUGCAACCGGACGAGAAAAAGCUUGUUGUGCGUAAGCAGACGAGUCUUUUUGGCGUCUUGGAAUCCUUGAUGAGUUUGGAUUCUAAAGGAGAUUUUAUGGGUCCUUUGGAUGGGUACUCUGCAUCGAAUCACUCGAAGGUCAUCGAAUCCCCGAUGUGCUUUGCAAUGAUGCAAGAGAAGAUCCGAACGCACAAGUAUUCUACGUGGCGCAUGUUCGUGGAAGAUUUUGAACGGAUAUGUUGCAACGCUCUGAAGUGCAAUCAGAAGCGGAGCAUCAUAUGGGCUGCUGCCGAUGAUCUUCUACGACGGGGUAAGAAACGGUUGGAGCAAUACGAGGGAUACGGGGAGAGCUUAGUGGCAUGGAGCCAGAUUGACUCUAAAAUCGGUGUGUCCGUGAAAGCGAAGUCGGAGAAUGUGAAGGCUAUGGUCUGCCAGCCCGAGAAGUCUUUGACGUCCAAAGGAGUGAGAAUGACCAUAUCUGGCGCCGCUACUAGGUCUGCUGAAAGUAAAUCACCAUCUAUGUGCAGGAAUACCCCAGUUGGGAAGGGGAGUUGUUUGAUCCAGCACCUGAAGACAGAGAAACGGGUGGAUCAGACGACUGAGAGCACGGAACCUUUCCCAGGUCCAGCGGUGGGUGGUGUUUUUGAAGAGACUUCAAUGCAAAAGGAUGGUAUAAAAGCAGAUGUUAGCAGGGUAGUGCGGAACAUGGAAAGCAGUGGCAGGGUUUCAGAAGGGGAACCUGGUAACGGUUCAUCUGCAGUGGGUCAAACAGACCAAGACGUAGAUGUAGAGGGGGGGAGAGACGUGGAUUCGGCGGAGCGGCGGUCGGAUUCGGUGGGCGAAGCAACGGAAUCUUCAAGUUCAUAUGGGUCAAGUGGCAGUUCGUUGGAAGGUGAAGGGAGCCCCGACAGGGCGCUGUGGAUAUUCGAGGCCGAGUCAAGUUUACGCGAUGGUAACGGAGCAGUCGGGUUGAUGGAAGAUGAUGGUGUUAUCACUGGCGAAAGGGGGAAGAAAGCGCUGGACGCAGAGUGGAAGCAGACCAGGCGUGGCAUUGAGUGGAGGUGUCAUUGGUUGGAGCUGAAAACGCUGGCGAUCCAAGCGAAACUAGCCCAAUACGAGAAUGUGCUGAAGAAAGCACAGAGCGAGAAGGUCUGGAAAUGGGACGGAGAGGUCGGUGAAGGGUCAUGCUCUCGGACGGUGCCGGUGAAGAUUUUGCGAAACCAUCCAAUCGUUCACCGCAAACAUCGGAGGAGGGCCGAGGGUGGACAAGACGUGGAUCUGGGAAAGCAUCCUGUGUUCUCACGAUAUGAGAAAAGGAAGACCCAACGAAAAUCGGACGAUGGCUCAGGUCAAAAAAUGGUGCAUAGGGAUCUAGCACAGCAGACAGACUUUGAGGAAUCCACGUACGAGAGGGAGGACGUGGAAUUGCAACCGGCUGCAGAAAAUGCAUUUGUGGGGCAUGAUUCCAUGGAGCAGCUUCUGUGGCAAGUGGAAGCUUUGCAGGUACGCGUGAAGAAGCAAAAGCAUUUACUGAGGAAAGAAGUAGCUGCACGGAAGAAUAGUGCAGUUGAUUGUAAGGGAGGUGGUGCCUCGAGCCUCUCACUGCGUGUGCCUCCUCCAGCCACUCAGAAAGGUAAUUCGUCUGCUCAAGGACUGCCCGGUCCAAGAGGUGUGACACGUGUAGGGCCCCCAUCGUCCUCUAGUGGCAGUUUGGGAAGAUCUGGUUCAGGGGCUGGGCUGGCACGACGCAAGGCGGCAGACUAUGACAUCAGCAACAUGGUGAUGCCCGUGAACGUGGGUGCUACCUUUGCAGAGCAAGUACGUCACGUGGACAUUGAAAUACCGUUGUGGAGGGUGGUCGAAGAUGCAAACCCAGCAGUGCAGCGCCUAGAAGAUUCAUCCAGCGAUGAGGAGACGGAAGACGAGCACUAUCAAAGUCGACAUGCUGUGAUGGAGACGCUGGAAAAGCUGCAACGGUACAUGCCCCGUCUGAAGCGAAGCAGUGGCGACAUUCAUACUGUUGGGAAAGGGAAGUUGAAGGUGGGAAGCGGGAAGAGUGCGGUCCAGCUGGGUGGCGAAGGCGGCUGUGCGGGCUCAGCUCUUCCCAUUGGUCCAGGUGGCUUAUUAGCACGGUCGGCAGACAAUGUCCCCAAAAGGCAGCGUUCGAAUCGGAGCGUUGUUCGGAGACCACUGGCAUCGUUAGCGAGAUCUUCAGCUACGCAGACCAGGUCUCCAGAGAGUAUGACUAUGAAAUCUGAAACUGUUAAGAGUGAGGUUUCAGUGAAGGUUAAGGAUGCGGAUCCUUCACCGGUUGGUAGUGGGAACGGAACUGUUGGCGCGGAAAGUGCCUGCACCGUGGAUCGCAUGGAAGAGGAUUUGCAGGGAGCGUGAUGCUGUGUUAGCGUGUGCUUUAUCUGUGACAGAACGAGAGGUUCAUCAAUUUUUUGGUCAAGUAGGCCAUAUCACGUUUAGUUGGAGAUGGUGGAGGUCGAUCACCUGUAUCUGUUGAAGCUUUAUCUCCCCCGGAGUUUCGGCGUAGUGUACCGUGCACUUCGAUACAAAUGGUUCUAUGCUGGUCUCGGUGCGACAAACUUGGUCGAUGAUGUACAUACCUGUGCUAAGUUUUAGCUGGCAUGUGUUGUUCUGAAAUUCUUUGGCCACAUCUUGCAGGACAUGAGGGGCGUGAUCUAUUCGUAGCUUAAUCUUGCAUAGUGUGUUAGGAUCCUGAUUGAUUAUGUUGUAAUAUUGCAGCGUUGUUUCGUGGGUCUAAUAUUUAACCCGUACUCCUUCAGUGGUCUUGGUUUCACGUGGUGGAUCUAUGACUGCGAUGCAUCAUGAUGCGGCUUGUUUGUCACUGAUUAUAUCUCACGAUUGAGGAGCGGUGCUUUAUGUGA